AUGAGUCAAAAAAGUUCAAGUGUUGAUACAAUUAGUAGUAGCUCAUCUGGAGAGUUAGAUACAACAGAUUCUGUUUUUGAUAAUUCUCCAAUUAAAAAUAAUUCCAAUAGAAGAGACAAUCGUUAUAGAUCUAUAACACCAAUAAAAAAAGAUUAUAGAAAAAGAGAACGAUCAGAAAGUGUUACAAAAUCAAAUUGUCAAAAAGAAAUAUCUAAUAAAAUUAAUAUUUAUGAACAAAAAAAUUUAAAACCAUCAAAAUGUAUUGGUGUUUUUGGGAUGCGUCGUAAUACAAAUUCAAGUAUUAUUGAUAAAUAUUUUAACAAAUAUGGUCCAAUAGAAGAUAUUCGUAUUAUACGUGAUCAUUAUUCAAAUGAAUCAAAAGGAUUUUGUUUUAUAAAAUUUGAAAGAUUAUCUCAUGCUACAAAGGCAUUAGAAGAAAUGAAUGGUAAAGAUAUUGAUGGAAAAUGUGUUAGAGUUGAUUAUGCCAUUCCAAAAGAUGAAUCAAAAUAUAAAUAUAAAAGAAGAAAUUCUGAUGAUGAAAAAAAAAGAUAUAAAAGAAGAAGAGAUGAUACUACUAAUAAAUAUCAUAAUGAUGAUUAUAAAAGAAGAUAUUCUGAUAGAAAUCGUAGUCUUUCAAUUGAAAAAAAAUUAACUAGAAGAAAAAGAUAUUAUUCUAGAUCUACAAAUUCAUCACACUCAUCAUAA